UUUUGAAACGCCGGAAGCGUAGCAUUUCCCACUCAUUCUGGCAACUUGAUUGUGCUAUGUGGAGACGAUUCUGAACGUUGUUGGUUCGUAUGUGUUUCAGCUCAAACAUUUUGACUCACCGUUUUUAUUUGUUAUUUUGAAUCUUGCUGUGUGAUUAUCAAAAGUUGCAACUCGAGAAGAAACACGCAUGGUACUUUCGUCUGAAGAGACUUGAAAUUCAACUUGAGACACCAAAGUUUCCUCAAUAUAUUAUGAAUAGCUAGUAAAAUGUUUAUGCCAAGAGCCCUUAAAGUGAAGAGACCAGCAGAAGAUGGAGACUUAAUUUUGAAGAAGCUGAAAGGUGAAGUUGCUCAGGAUCACGAGAAUGGAGAAGGCGGUUCGACUAUGGAUGUUAGCCAAGAGCUCAAAGAUGGCAAAGUUGAAGAUAACACAGUAAAAGCAUCUAAAGACCCAGUUGCUCUGGCGAAAACCCCAACACAAGAAGAAGGGCAGAAAUCUUCAAGUGGUACCGAAGACGAGGAGGAACCAGUGAAAUCAUUCAAAAAGAAUCAGAGAUGGGCCGAGCCAGGAGAGCCUAUUUGUGUGAUGUGUGGACGCUACGGCGAGUACAUCUGUGACAGCACUGACAGUGAUGUUUGCAGCCUGGAAUGCAAAGCCCGUCACUUGGCCCUUAUGGGCUUGGGGACUGGGGUGGAAAUGUUUGUUAAGGACACAAAUGGGGGAAAAGAAAGUCCUCAAGCUCAACCUACUGCAGCGCCUUUAAACACAUUUGAAUGUAAUUAUUCCUAUAAAGAGGAUUUGUUCAUAUCAGGGCUAACUGAUGAGCAGGUGGAGCAUAUUAAACAAGAAUUGGGCAUUGAAACCCAGGGACGAGAUGUUUGGAGGCCCAUCUUAGAAUUUGAACACUGUGGCUUUCCAGCUACUCUCAAUGCCAACUUGAAGUCAGCCAGCUAUGAAAUGCCCACACCAGUGCAAAUGCAGAUGCUGCCUGUUGGUCUCACCGGCAGGGAUGUGAUCACAAGUGCUGAUACAGGUUCUGGAAAGACUGUAGCCUUUCUUCUGCCAGUUGUCCUGAGGGCAAUAAAGGAACAAACUCUGAGUGUGGGGAGCCCUGUGGCCCUCAUCUUGACCCCCACCAGAGAACUGGCCAUUCAGAUAGAGAGACAGGCCAAAGAGGUGAUGACUGGCCUCCCUAAUAUGAGGACUGCCCUACUGGUCGGCGGCAUGCCUCUCCCCCCUCAACUCCACCGCCUGAAGCGCACCAUUAAAAUUGUCAUAGCAACACCAGGGCGACUUCUCGAGAUCUUAAAGCAGAAAGCUGUGCAGUUGGGAAAUGUGAAGAUUGUUGUGGUUGAUGAGGUUGACACUAUGCUAAAGAUGGGCUUCCAGCAGCAGGUACUGGAAGUUCUAGAGCAUGUCCCUGAAGAUCACCAGACCCUCCUGGCAUCAGCCACUAUCCCGACAGGGACUGAGGAGCUCGCGGCCCGAUUGGUGCGUGACCCAAUUCGUAUUGCUGUAGGAGAGAAGAACCAGCCAUGUGCCAAUGUCAGACAGAUCCUGCUGUGGGUUGAGGAACCCUCGAAAAAGAAGAAGCUGUUUGAAAUUCUCAAUGACAAUAAACUGUACCAGCCUCCAGUGGUGGUGUUUGUCGAUUGUAAACUUGGUGCGGAUCUGCUCUGUGAUGCAGUUGCCAAGGUGACAGGCCUCAAAACAGUGGCAAUCCACUCUGACAAGAGCCAGCUGGAACGGAACCAUAUCCUCAAGGGUCUUCUGGGUGGUGACUUUGAGGUGGUGAUCAGUACAGGUGUGCUUGGCAGAGGAUUGGAUUUGGCUAAUGUCAGCGUGGUGGUCAACUUUGAUAUGCCAAACACUAUGGAUGAAUAUGUCCAUCAGGUAGGAAGAGCGGGCCGUCUGGGUCAUAGGGGAACUGCCAUCACCUUUCUCAACAACAACAACAAACGUCUGUUCCUGGGGGUGGUGAAUAGGGUCAAACCAACAGGAAUCAUCCUACCUCCCCAACUUCUCAACUCACCUCACCUCCAUGAACAGCAGAGAAGAGAAAAACAACAAGCCAAGUUGGGGCCGAGUGACAUGCUGGUGAACAAAAACAACCUCAUUGAAAUUAUUAAGAAACACAACAGAGGCAAAAAAUAGUCAUGCAAAUAACAUUCCCUAUCAGAUGAGUAAAUGUUCAUUAAACUAUUUGGAUGAGUGUUGUAUGGAAAGUUAUUUUUGUAUUCAGGUCUUCUAUUGCCCUCAUUACAUUAUCAUGAGGCGGCACAGUGAAUGACUGAUUAGCACAUCUGCCUCACAGUUCUAAGGACCCGGGUUCAAAUCCGGCCUCACUGCUGUGGAGUUUGCAUGUUCUCCCCGUGCGUGCCUAGGCUUUCUCUGUUUACUCCAGUUUCGUCCCAAACAUCAAAACCAUCCAUAUAAGGUUGAUUUGAAGACUAAAUUGCCUGUAGGUGUGAAUGGUUGUUUAUUUCUAUUUGCAACCAGUUCAGAGUGUACCCCACCUCUCACUUGAAGUCAACUGAGAUAGGCUCCAGCAUGCCCGUGACCCUUGUUAGAAUAAGCGGUAUGGAAAAUGGAUAAAUGGACAUUAUCAUGAAGCCUAUGGUCGAAGGAAGUUCUGAAUAAACCAUUUUUUCUUUUUCUUUCAUUUUAUUUUGGGAUUUAUCACAGACCAGUGAUUUACUUGCAAAAUUAAUCUACAGUACUAUAGUCUUGCAUCAUAAUCCUCAUAUUGCUGUUUAAGAACUGCCUCACGAGUCAUUUGAUAAAAGUAAGUUUGGCUGAGGUGUGUGUUUGUGAGUUAUAGGUGUCUGUUUCAAUGUUGUAUUAUGUUCUGGAUUUAUUGUUUAUGGAUUACAGUUUUCAAAUCAGUUGCCUUUUGGUGAAAUUCGAUAUUUUGAACUCAAAAUAAAUAUGUGAUAUGGUAUAUAUGAAUUUUA